AGAUGCAAAAAAGGCCGGCGGGCCUAUGGGCCUCAGCAUGGCGGGCACGGGAUUGGUGGCCGGAGAGGUGGUGGUGGAUGCGCUGCCUUAUUUUGAUCAAGGAUAUGAAGCCCCUGGUGUGCGGGAAGCGGCCGCGGCGCUGGUAGAGGAGGAAACCCGCAGGUACCGACCUACUAAGAACUACCUGAGCUACCUGACGGCCCCGGACUAUUCUGCUUUUGAAACUGACAUAAUGAGAAAUGAAUUUGAAAGACUGGCUGCUCGACAACCGAUUGAACUGCUCAGUAUGAAACGAUAUGAGCUUCCAGCCCCUUCCUCGGGUCAGAAAAAUGACAUUACUGCAUGGCAAGAAUGUGUAAACAAUUCUAUGGCCCAGUUAGAACAUCAAGCAGUUCGGAUUGAGAAUCUAGAACUAAUGUCACAGCAUGGAUGUAAUGCCUGGAAAGUAUAUAAUGAAAAUCUAGUGCAUAUGAUUGAACACGCACAGAAAGAACUUCAGAAGUUAAGAAAACAUAUUCAAGAUUUAAACUGGCAGCGAAAGAACAUGCAACUCACGGCUGGAUCUAAAUUGAGAGAAAUGGAGUCAAAUUGGGUGUCCCUGGUCAGUAAGAACUAUGAGAUUGAACGGACUAUUGUGCAACUAGAAAAUGAAAUCUAUCAAAUUAAGCAGCAACAUGGAGAGGCAAACAAGGAAAACAUCCGACAAGACUUCUGAAAAGGCAAAUUAAUCUUGUGGGCAGAAAGGAAGAAAAGUUGGGCUUUCACGGAGGCCUCUGAACUCUCUCUGAACUGUGAACGGCAACAGCAUCCCCUGGAAGCUCCUGAUGUCUAAUGUUGAGAAAUCACAGAAUGUGUGGACUGUUACAUUGAUUCUGUUCAUGUGUCUUAGCAAAAUAAAAAUUCUAACUUGGUAUUUUUAUAGCCAUAAAAGAACUUCAGGCUUUUAAAAUAAGUAUGACUUUAAAAUAAUACUUUGUCAUAGAAUUGAUUUGGAGCCACUUGGACCAUAUUUUGUAUCUAAGGAUCUUUGUUUAGAGCUUUUAACAUGUAUAGGAAGUUGGAAACUUUUGAGUUAUGUCUUUGUUUAAUAAAGAGGUAGUUCUGAACGCAAAAAAAAAAAAAAAAAAAAAAA